UAAACCCGCCUUCUUUUUCAGGAAGUGGUGGUUUGAGGCUGCUGUUAAAAAUGCUUCCUCGGCUUCUGGCAAAAUAAGAGAAUUUCCUAUAUUCAGGACUUCCAGGUCUGCUUUGAACAAAGCACCACUCAGCUGUCAUGAAGACUUCACCGACCCUCUUCCUUCUCACGGUAUUUAUUAUUGAAGGAUUAUCUCUGGAAUGUGAAGAAUGCCUUGGCCUAGGAGAUUGUUCUGGGAAUAUGGUGACAUGUGAUAUUGGGAAAGACAGAUGCAGUGUUACUAAUAUGGUCCUCCCAAUGGGACUAUCCCUGAAUAUAAAAACCUGUGUCUCGUCUGACGUCUGUGACAAAGGUGUUCAAGUAAUUAAUAUGGGCGAGAAAGGAAAAGCGGUGGCCCACCUGAAAUGCUGCGAAGGAGAGGAAUGUAGAAAAACAGUCCCUCCAGAAUUGCCCAAGAAGGCCCAAGUCAAUGGGAAGCAGUGCCCAGCAUGCUUUGCAUUGGGAAGAACAUGUCACGAAGAAGUUACUGAUUGCACUGGAGAUGAGCUGUACUGUGCCGAAGGAAUUCUGCAUUCAGGAAUGGAGAUACUUCCUCUCGAGGUCAGCUUGAAGGGAUGUGCAAACAAAGCUCUCUGCGAUAGCUUGGUUGGAUAUGAAGCCAUAGCUCCUGAGAACAGUGGAGAUCACACUAUGCGAUGCACACCAAAUUCUUCAAUCUACCAACAGGAGUUCACAACCAUUGGCGUUAAUACCAUUCCCAGAUGGUUUGGAUUCUUCAUCACAAUUCUUUCUGGCAUCCUUCUUAGGAAACUCCUGGCUUGAUUUUUGCCAAGUGUAAAGAUUUCAUCGUAGGAGAAAAACCGAAUAGGCCUAGGGUAUUCCAAAAUCUGGAGUCUGGUAGCACUUUUUCAGCUAAGAAAGUUUAUUAAAAGCAAUAGUUUUUUUUUUUGGUGAGCUGUAGCUUACAUCCAACGUACACUUCAUUAGAUGCUUUAAAUCGUCAGGUCACCUUAAGAUUCAGUGGUCCAGUUUGCUUCCAGCUUCUGUAUAUUCUACAAUCAUAGAUAUUUCAAAAGAAAACCAUGAAAGAUUUAUUACUCCAGAGGCUCACAGCACUUGACUUAAUGUUUUUGAUGUCCAGGAGUGGUUUCUAACAAUAGAAGGGCAGGCUAAUGGGCUGUAAUGUUAUCACUAAUUGUGAUGGUGAGAAUUGAUGUUCAAUUGUGGUUCUCAUUCACUAUCAGAUGGAUGUACGGUCUUCAAUUCCCUUCAGCCCUAGCCAAGACAGACUUUCUUUUUGUGGCUCUAGAACAAACUCAAAGGGUGUGAUUAGAACAGAACAGAACAGAACAGGAGUAGAGUAGAGUGGAGUGGAGUAGAAUAGAAUUCUU